GUUUCAGGGAAGUUUAGCAAAAUAGUAGCACUAUAUAUAUGUGAAUAUAUGGAUUUCAAAAAAGGAACUGUGGCAGAUGAAUAAAUUCCGACAAUGUUAAAUUUAGUUUUUGUUUGUUGAGAAUUAUUGCGAGCAAUUAAAAAACAAUCCCUUCAUCAAAUAGAACCACUACGAGUUCAUAUUUACAUACUAUGAAGAUCAAAUAUUAAAUAUUUAUUAUCAUCUAUCUAACUUUAAAAUGGGAAGAGGAUGUUCAUUGAUUACAGAUGAUAGCAACCAAAAUCAAAAUGACAUAUAUAAGUAGAACAUUUUGUCAUUUUUUAAACUCUUGUAUGAAGCAAUGUCGGACAGAGAUCGUGUAACGGAGCUGUUAUUGAAGAAUGUGAAAUGUUUUCUCUGUCUUGAACCGUUUGAAGACCCUAGACUAUUAGACUGUUGUCAUUCGUUUUGCUUGGAUUGUCUAGAAGCAUAUAUUGAAACAUUCGAGGAUACACACAUUGAAUGUCCGCUCUGUGAAAAAAAAACUGAAAGGCCAGAAAGAGUGAAGGAUCUGAAAAAGAAUAUUUAUAUUGACUUUGCCACUGUUCAAUUUGGCAUUCACUGCUCAAUUUGUGGCGAGAGGGAAUUUGCCAAAUCUCACUGUAUUGAAUGUAAUCAAGAUUUCUGUAGAAGUUGUAUUAGAUCACAUGGAGGAAUCACAACCACCAGGGAACACCAUCUUGUUGAUUUCGAUAAGCAACGGAAACCAGGAAGAGUAUUAAGGGAUAUAUAUUGUAAAGUUCACCCUGAGGAGAAAAUGGUUUAUUACUGUGUUGAAUGUAAUCAGCUUAUUUGCAAACACUGUAAUUUAACGGUUCAUAAAAAUCAUGCUUCUAAACACGCAUCGGAAGUAGCAUCUAAAUUGAGAAACAAACUGAAAAUGAAAUCAGAACAUAGAGAACAUAAGAAUUAUAUCACUUGGCUAGCAGAGAGGAGGGAAAUGUUCUCCAAGGAAAUAGAACAGAAUAGAAAAGGCGAAAAGCGCACAAUAAAGAAAGUUUCAGACAUGGCAGACCAACUUAUAGCGAUAGUCGAGGAAAUAAAAAAUAUACUAAUAAAGAGAACAAGUGACAUAACAAAGAAACGAAUUCAACCAUUAAAGCAGAAGAUGGAGGUAUUUGAAAAGUAUAUCCUAUCAUUUGCUGAGCUCUUACUUCAUUCGCGCAAUCUUUACCAGAAAGCAGAUGAUAUUGAAAUAGUGAAUACUUGUGAUCAUCUUACCAGAUCUCUCGAAAGUUCAAAACAACAAAAAGAUUACACUCAGUUUAAGUUAUCUCAUACUUAUGAAUACCCAAUGUUCAAACCAGGGAAAGCAACGGCCGAUCAACUUCUACCGUUCUUCGGAGAUGUUCUGGUGGGCGAUGGACUCGACGAUGAAACAAACAUUAAAGUAUAUGAUUUUUAUACAGAGAAAAGCACUACUAUUUUAUCAAUGAUUCCACUGGAAGAUGAAAGGAUAUGGGUGAUAGACGGAGAGGGUGAUAUGAAAUUGUAUGAUUCUUCUGGUCGAGUUCACAAGCAGGUUAGUGUUGGAAUUCAAGCCGACGAUAUCAUUUCAACUCAACAAAACAUCAUCAUAAGCGGAAAUGCAUCAAAGAUAGUUAAAGUGUUUGACAGAGAUAUAAAAGAAGUCGCUUCCAUCAAUACGGAGCUGUGCUGUCGUGGUGUUGCUGUUGAUCAAAAUGAUAACUCAAUAUACGUAUGCUUGACGGAGAAAAAUGCUUUCUUUGAUCAUGAUUCCACACAUAGUAAUAAAAUUGUUCGUAUAAUGCCGACAGGAGCCAAGUAUGAAAUUCCUAAUGUUCAAAUAUAUGCUGGUAAUCCAACUGUUGAAUAUCCUGCCAGAGUUGUGAUAAAAAACGAUGGAUUGGUAGCUGUUUCAGACUGGAAACGAAACUGUUUGACAAUUUUGAACAAAGUAGGAUAUGUUGAAAGGCAGUAUUUCUCUGCGGGAAAUGGAGACAAGAAAGACAAAAUAUGUCCUCGUGGCAUUUGCACUGAUAAAAAUGGAAAUUUGUAUUUAGCAGAUUAUAUGAACAGUAGAAUUCUUAAAAUGCCGGACAGCAACAACGAGUUAAAUGAGGUAUUGACAACCAAUGAUGGUAUUAAUAAACCUUGGUCAAUUGCAAUAGGCCCGGAUGGUCUUUUAUGGAUAGGGAGCAAAGACGGCAAGAUAAGUGUUCAUUAUUUCAAACAGCCGGAGCAUGCUUUCUACAAGUAAUAGUCGUCAUUUAAUGCACUAAUGCGUAUCGUAAGCGUGAUAAUUGUUACAAUAGAAUAGAUUUACAUUUGUAUUUUAAUAAACUCGUCUGAACAAAGAGCAAAAUUGGGUUGUUGUCAUCAUUUUAGCGCCCAGAUUUUUUUUGAAAUCGUUUCUCGUCUCUGUACCACUCAGUGAGUAGAGCAAUGAAAGUAAUUUCACUGAACUAAUAUAUUACAUGUAUAUCAAUUUAAUCCUCCCAUGAUCAUGUAUUGAAUAAAUAUAAAAUCAAUCAAAUAAAAUAUCAAACAUGAACAACGAAUUGGUUAAUAAUUAAAGUCUAUGACUUGCGUCGCCUGAUUCCAACCCAAAACCAUUAUAGUAUCAAUAAAUCAAAAAAUAAAAUGGUCUACUUAAUACACAAGAAUUCUUCACAAUAUUUAGAUACAAAGCCAAAAUAUCUACUACAAACGUGAACAUCAGAAUAGUAAAAAGGAUAAAGAACACGAUAUAAUAACUGCAAUACCGUAAAUUUCCUAUAUAAUUGCAGUCUUCUUCUUUAUUAAUGUUCAUAGAUAAGUUUCACAUCAG